AAUUUUCACCUACAACACAUUCAGUUCAUUUAGAUAUCAACUUAAUUUCUUCUACAUAAUAUACAAACAAACAUCAAAAACAACACUCAGACUCAGAUAAAUCUGUUUUACUCAAUUCUUGCAUCAUAUCAUGACACAGCCUUCAUUGUCUGUCUCUUCUAGCUUCACCACCUAUGAUGUUUUCAUCAGUUUUAGAGGCAUAGAUACCCGCAACAAUUUCACCCGUGACCUUUACGAUAUUCUUGAUCAAAACGGUAUUCACACUUUCUUUGAUGAACAAGAAAUUCAAAAAGGAGAAGAGAUCACACCAUCACUUCUUCAAGCUAUUCAACAAUCUAGGAUUUUCAUUGUUGUUUUCUCUAACAACUAUGCUUCCUCUACUUUUUGUUUGAAUGAACUUGUCAUGAUCCUUGAGUGUUCCAACACACAUGGACGCUUGUUUUUGCCUGUAUUUUAUGAUGUCGAUCCAUCACAAGUUCGCCACCAGAGUGGUGCUUAUGGUGAUGCUUUGAAAAAACAUGAGAAGAGAUUUUCUGAUGAUAAGGUGCAAAAAUGGAGGGAUGCUUUAUGUCAAGCUGCUAAUGUUUCUGGCUGGGAUUUCCAACACGGGUCACAAUCAGAAUACAAAUUUAUUGGAAAUAUCGUUGAGGAAGUCACUAAGAAGAUCAAUCGGACUACUUUACAUGUUGCUGAUAACCCAGUUGCAUUAGAGUAUCCAAUGUUAGAAGUAGCAUCUCUUCUAGGUUCUGGACCUGAAAAGGGAACCAACAUGGUUGGAAUUUAUGGUAUCGGUGGUGUAGGUAAAUCAACAUUGGCUCGUGCAGUUUACAACCAUAUUUCUGAUCAAUUUGAUGGUGUGUGCUUUCUUGCUGGCAUAAGAGAAAGUGCAAUUAAUCAUGGUCUUGCACAACUCCAAGAAACGCUACUUUCUGAAAUACUUGGAGAGGAGGAUAUUAGAAUAAGAGAUGUUUAUAGAGGAAUUUCAAUUAUAAAAAGGAGGCUCCAAAGAAAAAAGGUACUUUUGGUUCUUGAUGAUGUUGACAAAGUGAACCAGAUACAAGUACUUGCAGGAGGGCAUGAUUGGUUUGGCCCCGGCAGCAAGAUUGUAGUCACUACAAGAGACAAACAUUUGUUGGCUAUUCAUGAGAUUCUAAAUUUAUAUGAGGUUAAACAGUUGAAUCAUGAAAAAUCUCUUGAUUUGUUUAACUGGCAUGCCUUUAGAAACAGAAAAAUGGAUCCAUGUUACAGUGAUAUUUCAAACCGUGCAGUUUCUUAUGCUUCUGGCCUUCCAUUGGCUUUGGAAGUAAUAGGUUCUCACUUGUUUGGCAAAAGUUUAGAUGUAUGGAAAUCUUCAUUAGAUAAAUAUGAAAGAGUUCUUCACAAAGAGAUUCAUGAAAUUCUUAAAGUUAGCUAUGAUGAUUUGGAUGAUGAUCAGAAGGGUAUUUUUCUUGACAUCGCUUGUUUCUUCAAUUCUUAUGAAAUGAGCUAUGCCAAAGAAAUGCUAUACCUACAUGGUUUUAGUGCUGAAAAUGGAAUUCAAGUGCUGACCGACAAAUCCCUCAUAAAAGUUGAUGGCAAUGGUUGUGUGAGAAUGCAUGACUUAGUUCAAGACAUGGGCAGAGAAAUCGUGAGGCAGGAAUCAACUGUGGAGCCUGGCAGACGCAGUAGAUUAUGGUUUGAUGACGACAUAGUUCAUGUUUUGGAAACAAAUACGGGCACUGAUACAAUUGAAGUCAUAAUCAUGAACUUGUGCAAUGACAAAGAAGUGCAGUGGAGUGGAAAAGCCUUCAACAAGAUGAAAAACCUGAAAAUUCUUAUAAUUAGAAGUGCACGCUUUUCUAGAGGUCCUCAAAAACUACCAAAUAGUUUGAGAGUUCUAGAUUGGAAUGGAUACCCUUCACAAUCUUUACCAGCAGAUUUCAAUCCUAAGAAUCUUAUGAUACUUAGCCUUCCUGAAAGUUGUCUUGUAUCGUUCAAAUUGCUCAAGGUGUUUGAGUCCUUGAGCUUUCUGGAUUUUAAAGGUUGUAAGUUAUUAACUGAGCUGCCUAGCUUAUCUGGACUAGUUAAUUUAGGGGCACUGUGUCUUGACGAUUGCACUAAUUUAAUCAGGAUUCAUGAGUCGAUUGGUUUUCUCAAUAAACUCGUGCUACUGAGUAGUCAAAGAUGCAAACAGCUAGAACUUUUGGUGCCCAACAUCAACCUGCCAUCUCUAGAGACUCUAGAUAUAAGGGGUUGCUCGCGUCUCAAGAGCUUCCCUGAAGUAUUGGGAGUAAUGGAGAAUAUAAGAUAUGUUUAUUUAGACCAAACUUCCAUAGGUAAGUUGCCAUUUUCAAUUAGAAAUCUUGUUGGCCUCCGACAAAUGUUCUUGAGGGAGUGCAUGAGCCUAACUCAGCUACCGGAUAGUAUUCGUAUAUUGCCUAAACUCGAGAUAAUAACGGCUUAUGGUUGUAGAGGAUUUCGAUUGUUUGAGGAUAAAGAAAAGGUGGGUUCAGAAGUGUUUCCAGAAGCCAUGCUUGUUUGUAAAGAAGGAAGCGUGGAAUCGCUUGAUAUGUCCUCUCUUAACAUAUGCCCUGAUAAUGUCAUAGAAGUAUUUAGUACUUCAAUUCUUGAUGGUAAUGUUGUAUUUAUGAGAGAAGGGAUUGCUAAAGGGAGAGGAAAUUGGUAUCGACAUGAAAGCAACGAAUCACCCUUACGAUUUUGGUUUCAAAAUAAAUUCCCCAGGAUAGCUCUGUGUUGUACUGUAGAACCUCCUGUGUGUAAAGACAAUAUGUUGUUGGAUUUCAAGUUGAGUGUUCUCAUCAAUGGCACUGAGCAAUUCACUUCUUCAUGCAACUACAUAUUUUCUGCUGAACAAAUAAUUCUUCUGUGUGACUUAGUGUGCAAAGUUGAAAGAUCGUAUUUAGAGCAUGAAUGGAAUCAAGUAGAUAUUUUAUAUGAGUUUAAAUACCUUAUGCCAUGUGGCUCUAAAAGUAUAAUGGCUACCCAUGAGAUGACCACAACAAGAAAUCCAAGUUGGUCCUUCAUUUAUGCCUAUGAAGAAGAUAACAAAGUGGUUGUCAAAUUUCUGUCCCAGUUUGUGGAAUGGGUAGAGCAGCACAGAAGAUAUUUCUCAUAUUAUUGGUUCGGUUCAGUACUUUACACAAGAUCUUUAUCUCCUUUGGUCAAAAAAAAGAGACCUGUCGUUCCUUUUCCAGUCAAAAAGUUAGAGGGACCAGCGAUCGGGAUCGAUCUGGGAACCACAUACUCAUGCGUAGGUGUAUGGCAACAUGACCGUGUUGAAAUCAUCGCCAACGACCAAGGUAACAGAACUACACCAUCUUACGUUGCCUUUACCGACUCCGAGCAUCUCAUCGGUGAUGCCGCUCUGAAUCAAGUCUCCUCGAACCCUAUCAACACCGUCUUCGAUGCUAAGAGGUUGAUUGGCCGUAGAUUCAGUGAUCCCUCCGUUCAGAGUGAUAUGAAGUUGUGGCCUUUUAAGAUAAUUUCUGGCCCGGAUGAAAAGCCAAUGAUUGGUGUUAACUACAGUGGUAAAGUUAAGCAAUUUGCCGCAGAAGAGAUCUCUUCCAUGGUACUCACGAAGAUGCGUGAGGUUGCUGAGGCCUACCUUGGCUCUGCCAUUAAGAAUGCCGUUGUUACUGUCCCUGCUUACUUUAAUUUUUCUCAGAGACAAGCUACUAAGCAUGCUGGUGCUAUUGCUGGUCUUAAUUUCAUGAGAAUUAUUAAUGAGCCCACUGCUGCAGCCAUUGCUUAUGGUUUUGACACGACCAGCGUUGGAGAGAAGAAUGUCUUGAUCUUUGACCUUGGUGGUGGUACUUUUGAUGUCUCUUUGCUAACUAUUGAAGAGUGUAACUUUCAGGUUAAAGCUACAGCCGGAGACGCCCAUCUUGGAGGUGAGGAUUUUAAUAACAGAAUGGUGAACCACUUUGUUCGAGAGUUCAAGAGAAAGAACAAGAAGGACAUUAGUGGCAACCCAAGAGCUCUUAUGAGGUUGAGGACUGCUUGUGAGAGGGCGAAGAGAGCUCUAUCAUCUACUGCCCAGACCACCAUUGAAAUUGAUUGUCUAUUUGAGGGAAUUGAUUUCUAUACCCCCAUUACUCGUGCCAGAUUUGAAGAGCUCAACUUGGAUCUCUUCAGGGAAUGUAUGGAGCAAGUUGAGAAAUGUUUGAGCCAUGCUGGGAUGUACAAAGGAAGUGUCCAUGAUGUUGUCCUUGUAGGAGGUUCUACCAGAAUUCCAAAGGUUCAACAACUAUUGCAGGAUUUCUUUAACAGAAAGGAGCUAUGCAAGAGCAUUAAUCCCGAUGAGGCUGUUGCAUAUGGUGCGGCAGUUUACACUGCAAUCUUGAAUGUCGAAAAGUUAGAGGUACCAGCGAUCGGGAUCGAUCUCGGAACCACAUACUCAUGCGUAGGUGUAUGGCAACAUGACCAUGUUGAAAUCAUCACCAAUGACCAAGGUAACAGAACCACUCCGUCUUACGUCGCCUUUACCGACUCCGAGCAUCUCAUCGGUGAUGCCGCUAUGAAUCAAGUCGCCUCGAACCCUAUCAACACCGUCUUCGAUGCUAAGAGGUUGAUUGGCCGUAGAUUCAGCGAUCCCUCCGUUCAGUGUGAUAUGAAGUUGUGGCCUUUUAAGAUAAUUUCUGGCCUGGGUGAAAAGCCAAUGAUUGGUGUAAACUACAAUGGUGAAGAUAAGCAAUUUGCUGCAGAAGAGAUCUCUUCCAUGGUACUCUGGAAGAUGCGUGAGAUUGCAGAGGCCUACUUUGGUUCUACCAUUAGGAAUGCCGUUGUUACUGUCCCUGCUUACUUUAAUGAUUCUCAGAUACAAGUUACUAAGGAUGCCGCUCUUUUUGCUGGUCUUAAUGUCAUGGAAAUUAUCGAUGAGCCCACUGCUGCAGCCAUUGCUUAUGGUUUUGACACGACCAGCGUUGGAGAGAAGAAUGUCUUGAUCUUUGACCUUGGUGGUGGUACUUUUGAUGUCUCUUUGCUAACUACUAUUGAAGAGUGUAACUUUCAGGUUAAAGCUACAGCCGGAGACGCCCAUCUUGGAGGUGAGGAUUUUAAUAACAGAAUGGUGAACCACUUUGUUCAAGAGUUCAAGAGAAAGAACAAGAAGGACAUUAGUGGCAACCCAAGAGCUCUUAUGAAGUUGAGGACUGCUUGUGAGAGGGCGAAGAGAGCUCUAUCAUCUACUUCCCAGACCACCAUUGAAAUUGAUUGUCUAUUUGAGGGAAUUGAUUUCUAUACCCCCAUUACUCGUGCCAGAUUUGAAGAGCUCAACUUGGAUCUCUUCAGGGAAUGUAUGGAGCAAGUUGAGAAAUGUUUGAGACGUGCUGGGAUGAACAAAGGAAGUGUCCAUGAUGUUGUCCUUGUAGGAGGUUCUACCAGAAUUCCAAAGGUUCAACAACUAUUGCAGGAUGUCUUUAACGGAAAGGAUCUAUGCAAGAGCAUUAAUCCCGAUGAGGCUGUUGCAUAUGGUGCUGCAGUUUACGCUGCAAUCUUGAGUGGUGAGUGCAAAAGAAGUGUCUAUGAUGUUGUCCUUGUAGGAGGUUCUUCUAUUGUUAAGAUUAUUUUGGUUUUUUUCAUAUUGAUUGACUGUUUGUUCACUUUGCAUGUUGUUGAUGGCUUCUUAAUUCUUUCACUUUUCCCUUUUUUUUUCUUUCUGAAAUGUGUAUUGUUUUUCCUAUAAUCAUGUUAUCGAUGCAAAAUAUCAACCCAACUUUGCUGAUAUCUAAUCUCUGCCGGUGAACCUGGCUCACCACCUCUCCUAACCACGUUUUUCUCAUCCACAUUGGUCGAAUGGGAAACCUUGUUUAAGAGAUCAGAGUCUAGUUUCACUCAGACCAACAAAAUGCCGACGAACCUGGCUCGCCACCCCUCCCAACCACAUUUUUUUCAUACACAUUGGUUGAACAUGAGACCUUGUUUAAGAGAUCAGAGUUUUUAGGAUGUGAUAGGUAGGUGCAUGCUUAAUGAUGUUGAUAAAUUUGAAAUGGUUUUGUUGAUAACAUUUUGGUUACAA